UCCGGAGAAUAGACCAAAGCCCUAAUUCCCCAAACGAAGGGUUUUAGACUCGAGAAGAGACCACACUCACAGAGUCACGGUAAGAGAGAGAGAGAGAGAGAGAGAGAGAAGAUGGAGGGAGCUUCGUACCAGCGAUUUCCGAAGGUGAAGAUUCGAGAGCUGAAGGACGAUUACUGCAAGUUCGAGCUCCGAGACACCGACGCGAGCAUGGCCAACGCUCUCCGCCGAGUCAUGAUCGCCGAAGUCCCAACCAUCGCAAUCGACCUUGUAGAAAUUGAGGUCAACUCGUCCGUACUCAACGACGAGUUCAUCGCUCACCGCCUAGGGCUCAUCCCCCUCACCAGCGACCGAGCCAUGAGCAUGCGCUUCUCCAGAGACUGCGACGCCUGCGAUGGCGAUGGACAGUGCGAGUUCUGCUCCGUCGAGUUCCAUUUGAGGGCCAAAUGCAUCAACGACCAAACCCUAGAUGUUACUAGCAAGGACCUCUACAGCUCCGACCACACCGUUGUUCCUGUCGACUUCUCUGAUUCCAGUUCUGGCUUUGACAAUACCGAACAGAGGGGAAUUAUAAUAGUGAAAUUACGACGGGGGCAGGAACUGAGGCUGAGAGCCAUAGCCAGAAAAGGCAUUGGCAAAGACCACGCAAAAUGGUCUCCUGCAGCAACUGUUACUUUCAUGUAUGAGCCAGAGAUUCAUAUCAAUGAAGAAUUGAUGGAGACUUUGUCACUUGAGGAGAAAACAAGUUGGGUUGAAAGCAGUCCUACAAAAGUGUUUGACAUUGAUCCUAAUACCCAGCAGGUUGUUGUAGUCGAUCCUGAGGCAUACACGUAUGAUGAUGAAGUGAUCAAGAAAGCAGAGGCAAUGGGUAAGCCAGGACUCGUUGAGAUCUAUGCCAAAGAAGACAGUUUUAUAUUCACAGUGGAAUCUACUGGCGCAAUCAAAGCUUCUCAAUUGUUGCUUAAUGCAAUAGAAGUCCUCAAACAAAAGCUGGAUGCCGUUCGCCUUUCAGAGGAUACUGUAGAAGCUGAUGAACAGUUCGGUGAGCUGGGUGCACAUAUGCGUGGAGGAUGAUUGCUUUGUUAUUCCAGAUUUGUCAAGGCGAUUUCCUUGGAUUUUGAGGAAGUCAAUUUCUUCCUUUCUCUUUAUGAGACAUGCUUUAUCCAGAUAUCUCCCUGCAAAUCGUUGAUAAAUAUUAUGGAUAUUAGUCGUAUCAUCUGUAUGUAUGCCAACUUUCGUCGUUGAACUUGUUGAGUUGCCGAUGUUACGUACUGUUGAAUUUAACCUGUAAGAAGUGCAUUUAAACUAGCAUUUUAUGAAUUUAGAACUGUUAGUUGAGGUGAAGUCUUACUUGGAGCUUAUGUUGUUUGGAGUUGUUCUGACACUUUUAUGCAGUUUUCUUUACCA